UGUAGGGGACAGUAACCCCAAUUAUUCAUGUGAGGCCUCACUCCAAAGGGGUCCCAACUCAUCCACCUCAUCCAAACCAUUCAUGUUUCAUGUGAGGACGUCCCUAACUCCUUCUCCAGACACUGCUAUCCUCUGUUAUAAAUGUACCAAUGUGUGCCCAAACACAUGUCACAUUGUCCCAUUCACUUCACAGCUUUUACCCCACACUGUUUUCUCACUUCACAGCUCUACCUCUGUUCUGCCAAGUCACACAUCGUUUCGUUUUUCAUCAUGGCAAGCCACAUGCCAUUGUUACCCUUACCCACUUCUUCUGAUGACUCUUCUCACCGUCGCAAACACCGCAAGGAUCUGCUUUUCAUCGUUUGCGCCUUCAUUUUGCUUUUGUCCAUCGUCGCCUUCUGUGGCUACAGGGCCUCCAACGUGCCUCCUCAUGCUGACGUGGCAUCGUCGACGACAACUAAUGACCCCACAGCGGUGCCUUCCUCGAAAUGGUACCCGGUUUCGCGUGGGGUUUCUUCUGGGGUGUCGGAGAAGUCGUCCAGUAUGUUAUUCGGCGUUGAAGAUGGACCCUCUGAAGCUUUUCCUUGGGACAAUAGCAUGUUGUCGUGGCAGAGAACUGCUUUUCAUUUUCAGCCAGAGAAGAACUGGAUGAACGAUCCCAAUGGUCCUAUGUACUACAAGGGAUGGUAUCACUUUUUCUACCAGUACAAUCCAAACGGUGCAGUUUGGGGUGACAUAGUUUGGGGACACGCGGUGUCAAGGGACAUGAUCCAUUGGCUUCACCUUCCACUGGCAAUGGUAGCAGAUCAAUGGUAUGAUGUGCAAGGUGUGUGGACAGGUUCUGCCACCAUCUUACCCGAUGGUCAAAUCAUCAUGUUAUACACUGGUUCCACCAACGAGUCGGUGCAAGUUCAGAACCUUGCAUAUCCAGCAGACCCUUCUGACCCGCUUCUUGUGGAUUGGAUCAAACACCCCGGAAACCCGGUUCUCUUCCCACCACCUGGCAUCGGUGCCAAGGACUUUCGUGACCCAACAACCGCUUGGUUAACCUCUGAAGGGAAGUGGCGCAUCACCAUAGGGUCUAAGCUUAACAAAACUGGCAUUGCCUUGGUUUAUGACACUGAGGACUUCAAGACCUACCAGCUUAAGAAAGGGUUGCUUCGUGCUGUCCCAGGCACUGGCAUGUGGGAGUGUGUGGACUUCUUCCCUGUGUCAAAGAAGGCUGAAAAUGGCUUGGAUACUUCUGUUAAUGGUGCUCAGGUGAAGCAUGUUAUGAAAGUUAGCCUCGAUGAUGAUAGACAUGAUUACUAUUCAAUUGGGAGUUACGAUGAAAAGAAGGCUUCGUUCAUACCGGAUGACGCUAAGAAUGAUGUUGGUAUUGGACUUAGAUAUGACUAUGGUAUAUUCUAUGCUUCCAAGACAUUUUAUGAUCAGAGUAAGCAAAGGAGAUUGUUGUGGGGUUGGAUUGGAGAGUCUGACAGUGAAUAUGCUGAUGUGGCCAAAGGUUGGGCUUCAGUUCAGAGUAUUCCAAGAACGGUGAAGUUUGAUAAGAAGACAGGCAGCAACUUGCUUCAAUGGCCUGUUGCUGAGGUGGAGAGUUUGAGAUUGAGAAGUGAUGAAUUUAACAAUUUGAAGGCUAAGCCAGGUUCAGUGGUAUCACUAAAUAUAGAAACAGCCACGCAGUUGGACAUUGUUGCUGAGUUUGAAAUAGAUAAGGAGGCCCUGGAGAAAACAGAUCAAUCCAAUGAGGAGUACACGUGCAGCAGCAGUGGGGGAGCUGCAAAACGUGGUGCCUUAGGACCUUUUGGUCUUCUGGUUCUGGCUGAUGAAGGACUUUCUGAAUAUACUCCUGUGUACUUUUAUGUCAUCAGAGGAAGCAAUGGAGAUCUUACGACUUCCUUUUGCUCUGACCAAUCAAGGUCAUCUGUGGCAAAUGAUGUUCAUAAGCAAACCUUUGGAAGCUUUGUCCCAGUACUUAAAGGAGAAAAGUUGUCCUUAAGGAUCCUGGUGGACCAUUCUAUAGUUGAAAGCUUUGCUCAAGGUGGAAGAACGUGUGUGACAUCCCGGGUUUAUCCAACAAAGGCAAUCUAUGGAGCUGCUAGAUUGUUCUUGUUCAACAAUGCUACUGAGGCCACUGUGACAGCCUCACUCAAAGUUUGGCAGAUGAAUUCAGCAUUUAUACGCCCAUUCCACCCUGAUCAGAAGACUUACAAAAUUGACACUCACAAGGGAAUGCAUUUUGGGUCGGAAAUUGGAACCCAAUAACUGUAAUGAUCGUUUUCUCAUCAACCCACCCACAAAGUCCAUUACCUCAUUUUUGUCCAAAUAUUUUUAUGAGAAUCUUAACUGUAAUUUGGUCGCACCCAUAUGUGAUGAUUGACCUUUUACAAGGGAAUCCCUUCAUCAAAGAAAUAUGUUGUCCAACUUCUUCGAUUC